CUGUCUGCCUGGGUUGCAGUGAGUAGAAGGGCUCACAGGGUGUCAGCUGAGUGACAUGCCAGCCUGGGGAAUCUACCUUCUGAGUACAGGAACUAGUUCCCCAGAAGCCCUUUGCCCAGGGCCAGGAAUAAUCAGGGUUGUGAACCAUGGGGCCAGGAGGCGCUCAGGCGCUCAGGGGCAAGAACGGAAAGGAACUUCCCUAUGUGUCAGAGCCAUCUGGUGACAGUCUCUGUCUGACCAUGGCCCUACCAUCCCUGGGCCAGGACCCCUGGAGUCUCCUGGGUGGUUUUUUCUUCCAACUGUUCCUGCUGCUGUCACUGCCACCUGCUACCGGGACUAGUGGGCAGGGGCCCGUGCCCAGAGUCAAAUAUCAUGCAGGAGAUGGGCACAGAGCCCUCAGCUUCUUCCAACAGAAAGGUCUCCGAGACUUCGACACGCUGCUCCUGAGUGGCGAUGGCAACACUCUUUACGUGGGGGCUCGGGAGGCCAUCUUGGCCUUGAACAUCCAGAACACGGGAGCCCCAAGGCUAAGGAACACGAUACCCUGGCCAGCUAGUGAGAGAAAAAAGAGUGAAUGUGCCUUUAAGAAGAAGAGCAGUGAGACACAAUGUUUCAACUUCAUUCGUGUCCUGGUCUCUUUCAACACCACCCACCUCUAUGCCUGUGGGACCUUCGCCUUCAGCCCUGCUUGUACCUUCAUUGAACUCCAAGAUUCCUACCUGUUGCCCAUCCAGAAGGACAGAGUCAUGGAUGGGAAGGGCCAAAGCCCCUUUGACCCCGUUCAUAAGCACACAGCUAUCUUGGUUGAUGGGAUGCUCUAUUCUGGCACCAUGAACAACUUCCUGGGCAGCGAGCCCAUCCUCAUGCGGACGCUGGGAUCCCAGCCUGUUCUCAAGACUGACAUCUUCCUACGCUGGCUGUACCCGGAUGCCUCCUUCGUGGCAGCCAUCCCGUCCACCCAGGUCGUCUAUUUCUUCUUCGAGGAGACAGCCAGCGAGUUUGACUUCUUUGAGGAGCUGUACACGUCCAGGGUUGCUCGAGUCUGCAAGAACGACGUGGGCGGUGAAAAGCUGCUGCAGAAGAAGUGGACCACUUUCCUGAAGGCCCAGUUGCUCUGCGCUCAGCCAGGGCAGCUGCCGUUCAACAUCAUUCGCCACGCGGUCCUGCUGCCCGCGGAUUCCCAGGAGUCUGUUCCCCGCAUCUACGCAGUCUUUACCUCCCAGUGGCAGGUUGGUGGGACCAGGAGCUCAGCAGUCUGUGCCUUCUCUCUCACGGACGUCGAGCGCGUCUUUAAAGGAAAGUACAAGGAGUUGAACAAGGAAACGUCACGCUGGACCACUUAUCGGGGCCCGGAGGCCAGCCCAAGGCCAGGCAGCUGCUCCACGGGCCCCUCCUCUGACAAAGCCUUGACCUUCAUGAAGGACCAUUUUCUGAUGGAUGAGCACGUGGUAGGAACACCUCUGCUGGUGAAGUCCGGCGUAGAGUAUACACAGCUUGCCGUGGAGCCAGCUCUUGGCCUUGACGGGAGCCGCCAUGUGGUCAUGUACCUGGGCACGUCCACGGGGUCCCUGCACAAGGCUGUGGUGCCUGAGAACAGCAGUGCUUAUCUCGUGGAGGAGAUCCAGCUGAGCCCUGAGCCUGAGCCUGUUCGAAACCUGCAGCUGGCCCCCACCCAGGGGGCUGUGUUUGCAGGCUUCUCAGAAGGCAUCUGGAGAGUUCCCCGGGCCAAUUGCAGUGUCUAUGAGAGCUGUGUAGACUGUGUCCUCGCCAGGGACCCCCACUGUGCCUGGGAUCCCGAAUCAAGAAUCUGCAGCCUUCUGUCUGGCUCCGCCCUGAGUUCCUGGAAGCAGGACAUGGAACGAGGCAAUCCUGAGUGGGCGUGCGCCCGAGGCCCCAUGGCCAGGAGCCACCGGCGUCAGAGCCCCCCUCAACUUAUUAAAGAAGUCCUGGCAGUUCCUAACUCCAUCCUGGAGCUGCCCUGCCCGCACCUGUCAGCACUGGCCUCUUACCACUGGAGUCACGGCAGAGCCAGGAUCCCAGAAGCCUCUUCCACCAUCUACAAUGGCUCCCUCUUGCUGCUGCCUCAGGACGGUGUUGGGGGCCUCUACCAAUGUGUGGCCACUGAGAAUGGAUACUCAUACCCCGUGGUCUCCUACUGGGUAGACAGCCAGGACCAGCCCUUGGCCCUGGAUCCUGAGCUGGCGGGCAUUCCCCGGGAGCGUGUGCAGGUCCCACUGACCAGGGUCGGUGGUGGAGCUUCCAUGGCUGCCCAGCGGUCCUACUGGCCCCAUUUUCUCAUCGUCACUGUCCUGUUGGCCAUCGUGCUCUUAGGGGUGCUCACUGUGCUCCUAGCUUCCCCGCUGGGAGCGCUUCGGGCUCGCGGCAAGGUUCAGGGCUGUGGGACUCUGCCCACCUUGGAAAAGGCCCCCUUAAGCAGGGAGCAACACCUUCAGCCCUCCAAGGACCACAGGACCUCUGCCAGUGACGUAGAUGCUGAUAACAACCAUCUGGGCCCUGAAGUGGCUUAACCUGAGAACACAGAUAGGGAGUUG